UGGACUUCAUCUUUAUAGCGGCUUUUGUGCCUCGGUUUGUACCGGUUUGGCUGGACAAUUUUGUUUUGCGUGGGAGACUCGCAGUGGAUGAAUAAACCAAUCGUGAUUGCUGCACCUCGUUAGCAGACAGAGAGACUAUUUUGUCGUGUCCUUUCCUGGUUUGGGGUGGAAUCGGAAGGAGCUCGUAAGAGUCUGUGAGGAGUUACGGGGUUUGAGUUCGAUCGGGAUGUGUCGAAGGCUGAAUUUGGAGAUGUUUCUUGGUGGUGGUGGUGGUGGUGGACGUAGUUGAGGUUGGACUGAGCGAGGAGUUGUUUGGUUUUUUUUGUAGUUUUUGGGAGAAGUUGGGUUCAAGCGCAAUGCAGGCUGUGGGAUUUGGAGCUGCGAUCAGCAUUGAGAAGCUUUCGUGGGGAGAGAGUGUUCUAGGUGGAGAUGCGGAGAUUCGCAGCCCUGGAGAUUGCAACGACUCACUAGUGAAGUUGCGUUGUGGUCGGAACGCGAGAGUGGUUGCUUGCGCUACCAGCUACAGCGUUCCCCCGGCAGCGUUGACGGAGGCGAGCGUUUUGACAAGAGAGCGUUAUGGCUUCCGCGCUCAGUCCAGCGUUACCACAGAGCCGUCGGAGAGGAGUUUCAUGUCCGCUGAGCAGAAGGUGUUCGAGGUGGUGCAAAAGCAGGCUGCCAUGGUCAACGAGGAGCGGCGACGAAGCGUAAUGUCCUUGCAAGAUGUGCGGUCUCACUUUAUGGCUGGUAGCGCUGUGAAUGUGUUGGACGAGGCUUAUGUUCGCUGCGGCGAGGUUUGUGCUGAGUACUCGAAGACCUUCUAUCUGGGAACGAAGCUUAUGACUCCGGAAAGGCAACGUGCCAUUUGGGCUAUAUAUGUAUGGUGCAGGAGGACGGACGAACUUGUAGAUGGGCCUAAUGCAUCUCGCAUCACCCCCACUGCUCUUGACCGGUGGGAAGAUCGGUUCGAGGAUAUUUUUAGGGGACAGCCAUAUGACAUGCUGGAUGCUGCACUUGCUGAUACAGUCACCAAAUUUCCUGUCGAUAUUCAGCCCUUCCGAGAUAUGAUUGAUGGGAUGAGGAUGGAUAUGGUGAAAUCGAGAUAUGCCAAUUUUGACGAACUCUACCUGUACUGUUACAAUGUAGCCGGCACCGUGGGUCUCAUGAGCGUACCUGUUAUGGGCAUUGCGCCUGAGUCAAAAGCCACCACUGAAAGUGUCUACAACAACGCUUUGGCGUUAGGAAUCGCAAACCAGCUUACAAAUAUCCUGCGGGAUGUCGGAGAAGAUGCACGGCGUGGCAGAAUCUACCUCCCACAAGAUGAACUGGCGCGUUUCGGUAUAUCGGAUGCAGACAUUUUUGCUGGAAAGGUUUCUGAUAAAUGGAGGGCCUUCAUGAAAGACCAGAUUAAGAGGGCUAGAGUGUUCUUCGUGGAGGCUGAGAAAGGUGUACGUGAGCUGGACAAAGACAGUCGCUGGCCGGUAUGGUCCGCCCUGAUUUUGUACCAGAAAAUAUUGGAUGCUAUCGAAGCAAACGAUUAUGAUAAUUUCACAAGAAGAGCUUAUGUGGCCAAAUGGCAGAAGCUUGUCUCUCUUCCGGUUGCGUAUGGCCGAGCGUUGGUUCCACCUCCAGAUGCACUAGCCAGGUUAUCACGUUGACUAUGAAAUGCUGAUGUACUCCAAGUGGCAAUGAAUGUCGAAGUCCACGAAGAUCCGGUGUACUCUCGCGUGGAAUCCUUCAUGUUCUGUACUCCUAUUACUACUCUGGGUCAAAACUCAGACCUAGGAGGCAGCCCCAGAAGCUGUAGAUCCAGUCGUGAAGUUACCAAGCCUACCAAGCCUUCUUUAAACUUUGUGGGUAGGCGGUGAACCAAUCAAGUGGACUGGACAUCAAUGAAAUUGUACAUAACCAUCUAAACAUAAAUAUAAAUCAUUCACUCCUGUUUAGCUCCACUUCGUGAACUACGAUGUCUGGUUGAUAGAUCAAUAGUUAGACAUGUUAGUGUGCAAUGAAUGAAUGGCACCGAUGGUGAGAAUUUCUCACUACCGGUACAGCAUCGGCACAACCUGCUGGAAUGCUAGUGGUGAAGCUCCGACAGGUGAUGCUAAAAAUCACUAUCAAGCACCUCAGACGUGGUUGUAUUCAUACAAUUCUCUUGUGGUGAUUGUUACUCAAGUGUAAAGCUUUUGUAGAAGAGUAUAUCUGUUAGUUUUAAUAUGAGCAAACACCGUUUGUGUCGGUUGCUUACACUCAUUUGUGGGCGGCUUUUCAAGUAUAAACUAUGCUUGGCUCCUGGCAACUUCCUACUUUAGCCCUACUUCUCCAUGGAGGCAUGUUGGCAGGGAUAUCACUGUAAAUAUUGGGAUUAAUAAGAGUUUUUACCUAAGA